AUGAAUCAGGUUGCGCAGGACCACACUUCCGGAACGGUCCAUGCAUACGCAGAUGAUGGGGAGGAGAUUGCCAUCAUGGAAGGUAUUGAGGCCCAUCAGAUCCGUAGUUCCUUGCAGGGCGAGACGGAGGCUCCUCCGAUUGUCAGCGCGCCUCACUGGCGUCCCCACGCAAGCUUCUUCCCUUUCCAGACCCUGAAUGAGGCUCCCUUCUUCGACGCGGAUGACAUCAAGAGAAUUCUCCACUUGUUGUUUCUCCUGCUAUUGGAGAUGCAGUCUAGUUACGCUCAAGUCGACAAUGACAUUGGCAACAUUCCCGACCAGGGCGCAACCAAGGCGUGGGUUGAUCAACAGAUUCAAAGGGCGCAGGAGGCAGGGUACGGUGUAUUGUCUGCGACUACCUGCCGAAAUAUUGUUCAAGACAACAUAAAAAACCGCCAAGCCGCACAACAGAAGAUACGGAUCGAGUUACAGAGCAGUCGUCUACACGACAUGGAUCUGACGAUGGAGAAGUUGUUCAAGAACCCCCUGCAGCACACGAAGGACACGCUCCGAGACUCCAUCGUGUCUCAAGGCCUCUGGUCGCUUCGAGCUAAAAGGCUUUUAGAAGUUGCGAUGCCUAUUCUGACACACACGAAUCCUCAGCCGAAGAUUUUGCAGAUCGGCUCAGCUGACGGGGCCAACAGUACAACUUUGGCAUUGCUACAGCUUCUCCAACCUAAGAGAGGGACUCAGCUUUUCUCAACAUACACGUAUGCGUCUAUUUCACCAAACUCUCUAGAAAACGCAGAAGGCGACUUUUCAGAUGUCCAAGGCUUUGAGGUGCGAAGCUGGGAUGCCAUGGGCGGGGACAAGAAUCUCGCUCAGUCGUUUGACAUUAUUGUCUGUGCCGACAUACUCUCUACCGAACGUGACACUUCUCAAGACUUGCUGCACAUCAAGCAGUUACUUCGCCCUUCCGGAGUGCUUAUUCUGCCGGAGGCUCUUUUUGGUCAGUACAUAGGACCCGUCACCCGAAACAUGCGCCGCGUUCUGUUACAAAACCAAACGCCACACAUCUCAAAAGAUGUUCUGUUUCCCAUUAUACACGACCUUGGCUUUGAUUUACCUAAAGGUGAUCAACACAAGAACCAGGUGAACCCCAUCCUGCGGCUGCGUCACCUCAACCAGCUCGAGUCGAGCUCCACACCCGUCAGCAUCGUCACAAAUAAGGAGGAUAGCACCUUGAUAGAAAGUUUCAAGUCGGUUCUCCACUCGUAUUCAAUUCCUGUCCGGGCAUACAACGCAGAUAUCUGUAUUAGUGAGUCUGGCUCGCUACUUACCGAUGGAACCCUCGUAUUCUUCCUUGACCUGGAUCGCCCUUGGAUCUACCACCUGAAAGAGAGUGAGUUCCCCGCAUUUAUCCAACUCCUAAGCACCGGUACCUCAAAACGCCCUAUUGUCUGGGUCACUCCAUUUUCUCAGAUUGACUGUAAUGACCCGCGCUCUGCUAUGAUUUACGGACUGGCUCGUACGCUGCGAUCGGAACUGAAGGCCGACAUAACAAUUGUCGAGGUCGACCUGGCAGACGUUUCAAACAGUGACAAAUGUGCCACGUUUCUCAUGCGCAUCGUCCAACACCUGCCGCACCGAUGCUUUGAUGGCGCACUCGACCCGGACUUUGAGUUUGCGAUUACUAGGGAGCAUGGCAUCGUGAUCCGCUUCAUCAUCACUUCCGAGUCCGACAGACUGCUAUUGGAAAAUGCUUUCGGCAUCGCUGUAGACUUCAUCGUGUCAAACCCGGAAGAUGCUCUAUCGUGGCCGAAGGCAACCUGCAUGAUUGGAUUCGGCGGCCUUUUUCCUGACUGGGCGCUGCAAUAUCUUUCCCCUACUGGCAUCUUCCUCGACGUUCUAGAUCAUCCAGUCAAGGCAAAAGACUUCCAAACAGUCAAGAUCUCUGCAAGUCAGGCAUAUCGCAUCGUCGAUAUGCAGGCUCUCAGCCACCACAGUCCAGAAUCGGUGCAAAGGUACGCGCACCAUGGCUGCGAUGCGUUGAUGCAACUUCAUGACUAA